AUGUUUGCGCCCGCUGCCACGUGGCGUCCGGUCGUCGACAGUGCCAGGUACCCAUCCAUGGGACCAGCUUGGGAGUUGCUCGGGAUGAGUAUCCCUAAGUGGGCCCAUGUCGUCAUCCUUCCAAUUACAGAUAUAGAUUUAUUUCUCUUGGCUAAGGAUCCCUAUGCUUCAGAGAUCCUUGGUAUUGCCAAAACCUUGGGUGUUCAUCCUGGGGAUGUGCUCGGUCUAAACCUUGUUUAUGAAGCCACAGCGUAUUGCACAAGCAUAAUAGCUCAAGAUGAAAAAGGGAACCUUUAUCAUGGAAGAAAUCUGGACUACAACUUUGCUGAUAUUUUAAGAAAUCUGACAGUGGAUCUUAAUUUUAUAAAGGGAGGGCAGCCACCAAGAGCCAUGAUGAUGAUUCUAAAGGAAGUUGGUGGGACGCAAAUUGAAAAAUACCAGAAUAAUGAGCAAGAUGGCAAGUGGUGGGAAAAUGCAAUUUAUGCUUUCCUGAAGAGAAGCUCUCCUGUCAGCUGGCUGAUUAGAGAUACUUUAAACAAUGCCAAGGAUUUCCAAUCAGCUGUUUUACAUCUCUCUGUUACUCCAAUCAUUGCUGAAACAUACUAUAUUAUGGCUGGGACACAACCGAAAGAGGGAGUGGUUAUUACCAGAAACAGAAAUGGACCUGCUGAUAUUUGGCCUUUGGAUCCAUUAUAUGGAGAAUGGUUCCACGUUGAGACAAAUUAUGAUCACUGGACCAACCCUCCUCCAACAGAUGACCGCAGAACUCCAGCUAUUAAAGCUAUGAAUGCAACUGGCCAGGCAAACAUCACCCUAGAUAGUUUAUAUAGGGUCAAUGAUGUACUUCAAGUUCUCAGCAUCUAG